AUGAGUCAGAGUCAUCCGAUGAAUUCAGACUCGCUGCCCGCACAACCUUCGACACCAUCCACAGAGGGCGUUCUAGAGGGCCCAUCCACAAUAAUCCGAAACCAUCCGAUAUACUUCUUCGAAGAUGGAUCUCUUAUUCUGGACGUCGAAAUCCAGCGGUUCAAAGUCCACCACACCCUCCUGUCUCGCCAUUCGCGGUUCUUCUCUUCUAGGCUGCCCACUGAGCGGGGUUCUGCGGAGCAUUCUACACAUUCAGCUUCAACUUCAGUGCACAAACACGAUGUCAAAGAUGAAUCCGAGGGCGAACGCCCACAGGCGUUGCAGAGACCGCCAGGAAGUAAUGGAUUCCAUCAUGUAGUGCUCGAGCCGAAGCUCCAGGUCAGGGUUGAGGAUAUAGAGGCGCUUUUUCAGCAUCUGUACCACGAUGCACCCCUGGGCAAGGAUUCACCCUUCUCGCGCAUCGCGGGCAUACUGCGGGUGUCAAGCCCUCAGCAAUUGGACUUCCCGGUGCUUCACAGCACCGCGAAAAGCAUUCUGCAGGGCAUGUUUCCUACAGAUCCCGAGACCUUCACCCACACCCACCCGCUUCAUGAUGCUUUGCCGAUAGCAACAGAUUUUCAUUUGCCGAUGAUACGCAAGGCGAUCCUCUACAGCCUGGUGACGACCACAGACUUUGAUGUGUCGGAUACCACUCCGAACGCGGACGCGGUACCAAGCGUGGACCCACAGUCUGAGAUUCAAAAUUCGAUAUCUGGGUCCACGGGCGUACCUACCCAUGCGUCUACGGGGCCCAACUCCGAUUCAAUCGCGCCUUCUGUGGGCGCGUCUGAAUUCUCGUCGAUAGCAGACGUAGCCAUCCCCGAGAACACUGCCACUCCCGCACCGGCAGGAGCAAUCCGGCGAACAGCGCUGCUGUCCCCCGCUGACGCCGAGACGUGCAUGACCCUGAUGACGCGCCUCAUCGAGCACUUUACGCCUAUCCUGUUCACGCCGGCUGCGACGCCCCACAUGGCGUGCACGGACGUGUUUGCGGACACUUGGAUGCCUCUGGUGAUCGAGCCCGCCCUAGCGGACGAUGGCGUGUACAAGCCCCUGGAAACGCUCGAAAGGAUGAAGGGGAUCGAUUGGGCGAAGAGGGGCCUAUGUGCCGAGUGUGUGCUCGAGAAGCAGGAGGAGUGGACUGAGGAGCAGAGGGUUGUGUGGAAACAUAUGGAUCAGUGGUUGGGUAUAGACGUCGAAGGGGAGUCGCGUGAGACGUGA